GGGGCCCGGCGGGGCGGAGGCGCGGCGGCGACGGCCUCGCCCGGCGGCGGCCAUGCGGAGGGGCCGCUGGCCGCGCGCUCAGCCGGUAACAUGCAAGAUUAAAAAUGACUGGAUUGCUGAUGGUUCUGAACAAACAGCUCUUUAUUUGAGGUGCGCCAUUGUGAAGAGCGAUACGCUGACAUCUUAUCCUGGGGGAUAAAGAAAUCUUUAGGCAACUGUUUGACACAGCAAACAAGUCAAUACCCUGGCUGAAUAAUUUGGAGGGCCUUUACAAUGUAGCAGACCUGGUAGAGCCUGACACCCUGCAUCAGAAGGACCCUUCCACUGAGAAAUCAAGAUGGCAGCCUUCUAUGGGGAAGUGAGGAACAUGGAUUAAUACAAGGAUGUUAUACAACCAAGACAGGGUUCUUUUCACGUGGAUUCCAUGAAGUGAAUGAAGACAGGCUUCCUACCCCAAGCAAAUGGACAGUGGGAUUGACUUUCUACAGACUUUUUGUUCCACCAUAAGAAAUAUAUUCUUGACAUUUGCACAAGAUGGCAUAAUGAUAUAGAAUUAUAUAGUUUGUGUCCCUGGAAUUUUUUGCAGUUUGAUUUGUUUGGAAUGUUAACUUUAAUAAAAUUUCUAACACUUCAAAUUUCUCAGUUUGAGCCUUUUAUUUUGAUGCGGAAGUUUGAUUAAGUGUUCAUUAAUCGCUUUCAUGACUCUAACCCUUAUUUGUUCAGCAGUAAACUGUACUGAAUAAAACUGGCAAAAUGUAAUGUUGGAAAUGAUUAUCCUGAUUAAGGUUUAUCAUUUCAUAGUGUUGUGGAAAUUUGGGUUUUGAGAUGGCCAUCUGAUUGAAAGCCUGAUUUGUACUUUCUGGAAACACCUGUGGAGUGGUUUAUUUCAUGGCGAUAAUGAAUAUUUCCUCUCAUGAGAUUUUUAAAGAAGUUGGGAAGGAAGUACGUGUUGCUCCCGUGUUGAGGAUGUGUAUGUGGCAUUUAUUUCUGAAAUGAUAAUGAAGAUGGAUGAUUCUCUUUACGUUUUAUUGAAAUAAUUUAAUUAAACUGAUGUCUCCUAUUAGCUUACUAUUAUGGAAAGAAGAUUUAUAUGGUUAUGUCCCUUGGGUCAACAUAAAGAAAAUCUUGGUGAUAAUAAUGUAAGCAUCCCACAUACAUUUGAAAUACUUAACAAGUUGCAUUUCCUCCCGGCCAAGGAUGACUGACAUUUGGAUUCUGGUGCCUGGUUGACAUUCAUUGCUCGUUGGCAGAUAACUUUCAGUAACUGAUCAUGAUGUGGUAGCCAUAUUUUGGUUAAAUCGAAAGUGAAUCCUUGCUUGUAUUUUUUCAUUCAGAGAAGAAUAGUUGACGUUAAUUUUUUGUGAUUGUCAACCAUCCAUGAUCAAUACACGUACAAUAUUCUUGUUGACUUAUGUGAAGUGGAUGAGCUUGAUAUGCAUGUAAAAUUUUGGGUUUUUGGGAGGUGUGAAAUCCAGAUUGGAUGAUGGGUGGUGUAGAUAUCUAGAUUGGACUGUUGCUUUGGUUGGGUGUGAUCUGACAAAGCUUUCCUCGGUUCUGGAAGAUUGUGUUGAUUAAGGAAUGUUGAUUGGAUUUUGGGAAUGUGUGGAUGAAGGAAGGAGUUGGUGAGAAGAUUUCAUAAUUGAUUUGACUUAGUAAUUUUGCUUCUGUUGAUCUCAGGAUUUUGAUGUUUUAUGGGAAUUUGUCCUUUGAUAUUACUUGGAUGAUCGUCUGUUGGACUGUUAUUAAUCACCUGUGGAGAUGGGUCAGAUUUGGUUGAGAUUGGAGGAGUGGCUUGAAUAUAUUUUGUUGGUUUUAGAGGUGCUCAAUCUUGGAUUUUUUUAUGUAAAGCUACUUAUCCGUGGUUAGUUUGUGGUGUUGGAUCUGAAGAAAUUUGUUUUGCUUGAAUUAGUGUGGAAAAGAAAUGUAUUGUGGCUGUGAGAAUGGGGGCGAGGUGAAGUUCCAAGAUUGUAGGGUAAAGAGUUUUUUUUUUGAAAGUACAAAGAAAAAUAUUGAGAUUUUUAAAUAAAAACCCAUGUAAAUUUUUGCUCUAAUGCAACUGAACACUAGGGAGGCGCUCUUGAGUCACCAAAAAAAUUGCCCCUUCAUAUUGGAAUGGCAUAGUGACCCUUGAAUGUUGUUUUUAGAUGAUUUUUAGGCAUCAUAAAGAAGACAAAACUUGAAUUUAAUUUGUGAAAUUAAGGUUUUGUUUUUAUUUGGGAACCCUUUUACCCAUGGAGGGGGCUCAUCUUUUAAAAGAUUGGUACUUAAGAUGAGCUUUAGAUUCUCUUAAAAAUGAUCCCUUUUUCAAAAUGGCUUUAUAAAGCACCACUUCCUGUCCAGGGAGGAAGUUAUUUCAGCUCAAGGACUGAAAUAUUUAGCAGAUCUUUAGACAAAAGGAACAAAUUACAUUUCUCUCUGGCUUAAAAAGGGUGCUUGAGCCAGAGGGGGUUAAGAAGCCCUCCCCCACCCGUGCUGGGGUGGUCUGGAGGGGCAGGGAGGUGUGGAGGUGGGGGUCCUCAGGCUCCCUGGGAUGGAGGAUUUUUUUUUUUUUUUGGUGGAGAUGAAGGGGUGGGUCUAUGGUACAUCACCUGAGUUGUGGGGUAAAUGUAGAGAGUGUCAAUCAAAGGCAGAGCUCUCAGAGCUGGGAAGGAGGCUCUAGAUGGCGGCUGUGCCUUAGAGAGCGCGCUCUGCUCGCCGCCUUCCCUCACUUUACGCAACUUUCCCUAACUUUCGGGCAGCCUCAGGGGGCCCCCGCAGCCCCCUGCCUCUCCUAGUGACUUACCAGGGUCGAUUCGGACCAUUUUUAUGGAGAAAAGCAGCUUUUAGGAGCUUUCUCUUGGUGCCUUGUUGGAAAGCAGCAGCCGUGCUGAGAGCCCAGCUCGUUGUUUUUUCCAGCUUAGAAGCCAUGGCGCACCUCCAUUUUUGUGCGCUCUCCUAAUGAGGUUUUUUUUCCUUCCGGACCGGCUUUGGUAUUAAUUAUUGCUUUUUUUUUUGACCAGUUAACAUAUUUGAAGAUUAUUUUAUUUAUUUUCGUUUUUUAACGGAGAAUUUUCCCUUUAUUUUUAAUUAUUUGGGAUCUGUAUUUUUCUACUAGAUAGGACUCUUGCUUUGGACAUACUACAUGGAUCAGUAAAUACCUGGGCACAGGACUUCAAAGCAAACACAGAUUUCCCCUCCCCCUUAAUAUUUACGAAUUAAAAGAUGAUGAGAAGUAAGGACAAAAGCCAAGAGGAGGACAGUUCGCUACACAGCAAUGCAUCGAGUCAUUCAGCUUCUGAAGACGCGUCGGGCUCAGACUCGGGGAGCCAGUCGGAAAGCGAGCCAGGCAGUGAGCCAGGAAGUGGACAUGGCAGUGAGUCCAACAGCAGCUCUGAAGCUUCUGAGAGUGCAUCGGAGUCUGAGAGCGAAUCGGCGGGUUCCAAGAACCAGCCAGCCCUUCCGGAAGCCAAAGAGAAGCCAGCGUCCAAGAAGGAACGGAUAGCUGACGUAAAGAAGAUGUGGGAAGAGUAUCCUGAUGUGUAUGGGGUCAGACGGUCAAACCGAAGCAGACAAGAACCGUCCCGAUUUAAUAUUAAGGAGGAGGCCAGUAGCGGGUCUGAGAGUGGGAGCCCAAAAAGAAGAGGCCAGAGGCAGCUGAAGAAACAAGAAAAAUGGAAACGGGAGCCGUCAGAAGAUGAACAAGAGCAAGGCACCAGUGCAGAGAGCGAAGCAGAACAGAAAAAAGGGAAAGCCAGAAGACCUGUGCCCAGAAGAACAAUACCUAAACCUCGUGUUAAAAAGCAAACUAAGACUCAGCGUGGAAAGAGAAAGAAGCAGGAUUCUUCUGAUGAUGAUGAUGAAGAUGAUGAAGCUCCCAAAAGACAGACUCGCAGGCGAGCAGCCAAGAAUGUCAGCUACAAAGAAGAUGACGACUUUGAGACCGACUCAGACGAUCUCAUUGAAAUGACUGGAGAAGGAGUUGAUGAGCAGCAAGACAACAGCGAAACGAUCGAGAAGGUCUUGGACUCGAGGCUGGGCCGGAAAGGAGCCACGGGAGCGUCCACCACUGUGUACGCCGUGGAAGCCAAUGGAGACCCUGCGGGCGGCUUUGACAGCGCCAAGGACGAGGGCGAAGCCCAGUACCUCAUCAAGUGGAAGGGUUGGUCUUACAUCCACAGCACGUGGGAGAGCGAAGAGUCCCUGCAGCAGCAGAAGGUGAAGGGCCUGAAGAAGCUGGAGAACUUCAAGAAGAAGGAGGAGGAAAUCAAACAGUGGUUAGGGAAAGUUUCUCCUGAAGAUGUGGAGUAUUUCAAUUGCCAGCAGGAACUGGCCUCCGAGCUGAACAGGCAGUAUCAAGUAGUAGAAAGAGUGAUUGCUGUGAAGACAAGUAAAUCUGCAUUGGGUCAGACUGAUUUCCCAGCUCACAGUCGCAAGCCAGCACCUUCCAAUGAGCCCGAGUACCUGUGCAAGUGGAUGGGCCUGCCGUAUUCGGAGUGUAGCUGGGAGGACGAAGCCCUGAUCAGCAACAAGUUCCAGGGCUGCAUUGAUAGCUUCCACAGUCGGAACAACUCGAAAACCAUCCCAACGAGGGAGUGCAAGGCAUUGAAGCAGAGACCUCGAUUUGUGGCACUGAAAAAGCAGCCUGCGUAUCUGGGAGGGGAAAAUCUGGAACUGCGAGACUACCAGCUGGAAGGGCUCAACUGGCUGGCGCAUUCCUGGUGCAAAAGUAACAGUGUCAUCCUUGCUGAUGAAAUGGGCCUGGGAAAGACCAUCCAGACUAUAUCAUUCCUCUCCUACCUGUUCCACCAACACCAGCUGUAUGGCCCCUUUCUUAUAGUCGUCCCUUUAUCCACCCUCACCUCAUGGCAGAGAGAGUUUGAAAUCUGGGCUCCAGAGCUUAACGUAGUGGUUUACAUAGGGGACCUGAUGAGCAGAAAUACGAUUCGGGAAUAUGAGUGGAUUCAUUCCCAGUCUAAAAGGCUGAAAUUCAAUGCUCUCAUAACAACAUACGAGAUUCUCCUGAAAGACAAGACUGUGCUGGGCAGUAUUAACUGGGCCUUCCUGGGCGUGGAUGAAGCCCAUCGGUUGAAGAAUGAUGACUCUUUAUUGUAUAAAACUCUGAUUGAUUUCAAGUCCAACCAUAGGCUCCUGAUCACAGGCACCCCUCUUCAGAAUUCCCUCAAGGAGCUCUGGUCCUUGCUGCACUUCAUUAUGCCGGACAAGUUUGAGUUCUGGGAAGAUUUUGAAGAAGACCAUGGGAGAGGAAGAGAGAAUGGCUACCAGAGCCUGCACAAGGUGCUGGAGCCCUUCCUGCUGCGCAGGGUCAAGAAGGACGUGGAGAAGUCGCUGCCCGCCAAGGUGGAGCAGAUCCUGCGCGUGGAGAUGUCGGCCCUGCAGAAGCAGUACUACAAGUGGAUCCUCACCAGGAAUUACAAGGCUCUGGCCAAGGGCACACGGGGCAGCACGUCGGGUUUCCUUAACAUUGUGAUGGAGCUGAAGAAGUGCUGCAACCACUGUUACCUGAUUAAGCCCCCGGAGGAGAACGAGAGAGAAAACGGGCAGGAGAUGCUAAUGUCCCUCAUCAGGAGCAGCGGGAAGCUGAUUUUGUUAGAUAAACUGUUGACGAGGCUUCGAGAACGUGGGAACAGAGUCCUUAUCUUCUCUCAGAUGGUGAGAAUGUUGGAUAUCUUGGCCGAGUACCUGACCAUUAAACACUAUCCUUUCCAGCGUCUGGAUGGUUCUAUUAAGGGAGAGAUACGGAAACAGGCGCUGGAUCAUUUCAACGCAGAUGGAUCUGAGGACUUCUGCUUCCUGCUCUCCACAAGGGCCGGCGGCCUGGGAAUCAAUUUGGCUUCUGCGGACACUGUCGUCAUCUUUGACUCUGACUGGAAUCCCCAGAACGACUUGCAGGCACAAGCCCGGGCCCACAGGAUCGGUCAGAAGAAGCAGGUGAACAUUUACCGCUUAGUCACUAAGGGGACUGUGGAGGAAGAGAUCAUAGAACGGGCCAAGAAGAAGAUGGUGCUGGACCACCUGGUGAUCCAGCGCAUGGACACCACCGGCCGCACGGUCCUGGAGGACAGCUCCGGGAGGUCCAACUCCAACCCUUUCAACAAAGAAGAGCUGACAGCCAUCUUGAAGUUUGGAGCCGAGGAUCUCUUCAAGGAGCUGGAAGGGGAGGAGUCGGAGCCACAGGAAAUGGACAUAGAUGAAAUUUUACGCUUGGCUGAAACCAGAGAGAAUGAAGUGUCAACAAGUGCCACAGAUGAGCUGCUGUCACAGUUUAAGGUUGCCAACUUUGCCACAAUGGAAGAGGAAGAGGAGCUGGAGGAGCGAGCCCACAAGGACUGGGAUGAGAUCAUCCCCGAGGAGCAGAGGAGGAAGGUCGAAGAGGAGGAGCGGCAGAAGGAGCUGGAGGAGAUCUACAUGUUACCACGCAUUCGGAGUUCCACCAAGAAGGCUCAGACGAAUGACAGUGACUCCGACACCGAGUCCAAGAGGCAGGCCCAGAGGUCCUCUGCUUCCGAGAGCGAGACGGAGGACUCCGAUGAUGACAAGAAGCCCAAGCGCAGAGGGCGCCCCCGCAGUGUGCGCAAGGACCUUGUGGAGGGGUUCACGGACGCAGAGAUCCGCAGGUUUAUCAAGGCUUACAAGAAGUUUGGUCUCCCUCUUGAACGGCUGGAGUGCAUAGCGCGGGAUGCUGAGCUGGUGGACAAGUCUGUGGCAGAUCUGAGACGCCUCGGCGAGCUGAUCCACAACAGCUGUGUGUCUGCGAUGCAGGAGUACGAAGAGCAGCUGAAGGAGAAUGCCGGUGAGGGGAAAGGCCCUGGGAAAAGGAGGGGCCCGACCAUCAAGAUAUCUGGAGUGCAGGUGAAUGUGAAAUCCAUUAUCCAGCACGAAGAAGAAUUUGAAAUGCUGCACAAAUCUAUUCCUGUGGACCCUGAAGAGAAAAAGAAGUACUGCUUGGCCUGCCGUGUCAAAGCUGCCCAUUUUGAUGUGGAGUGGGGUGUGGAGGACGACUCCCGGCUGCUGCUGGGGAUUUACGAACACGGCUAUGGGAACUGGGAAUUAAUCAAAACGGACCCAGAGCUUAAAUUAACUGACAAAAUUCUACCCGUGGAGACAGACAAGAAGCCCCAGGGCAAGCAGCUGCAGACCCGGGCCGACUACCUGCUGAAGCUGCUCCGGAAGGGGCUGGAGAAGACGGGGAGCGCGGCUGGGGGGGACGAGGUCCAGUUGAAGAAGCGGAAGCCUAGAGUGAAAAAGGAGAACAGAGCUCCACGGCCGAAGGACGAGCGUGGGGUGGAGCUCUCCUCCCCACGGCACUCGGACAACCCUUCCGAGGAGGGCGAGGUGAAGGAUGACGGCUUAGAAAAAAGUCCAAUGAAGAAAAAACAGAAGAAGAAAGACAACAAAGAGAAUAAGGAGAAACCAGCGAGUUCCAGGAAGGACAAAGAAGGGGACAAGGAAAGGAAGAAGUCGAAGGAGAAGAAGGAGAAGCCCAAAAGUGGUGAUGCCAAAUCUUCGAGUAAAUCAAAGCGAUCUCAGGGUCCUGUCCAUAUUACAGCAGGAAGUGAGCCUGUCCCCAUUGGAGAGGAUGAGGAAGAUGAUCUGGACCAGGAGACGUUCAGCAUAUGUAAGGAGAGGAUGAGGCCGGUGAAGAAGGCCCUGAAGCAGCUGGACAAACCUGACAAGGGCCUGAGUGUGCAGGAGCAGUUAGAGCACACACGGAGCUGCCUGCUGAAGAUCGGAGACCGCAUCGCCGAGUGUCUGCGUGCCUACUCGGACCAGGAGCACGUGAAGCUCUGGCGGAGGAACCUGUGGAUUUUUGUUUCCAAGUUCACAGAAUUUGAUGCUCGGAAGCUGCACAAGUUGUACAAGAUGGCUCACAAGAAGCGGUCUCAGGAGGAGGAGGAGCAAAAGAAGAAAGAUGACAUGGUUGGUGGUAAGAAGCCAUUCCGGCCAGAGGCGUCCAGCUCAAGCCGAGAUUCUCUGCUCUCUCAGUCCCACAGCUCUCACAACCUGCACCCACCGAAGCCUCAUUUGCCUGCCUCUCAUGGCCCACAGAUGCACGGACACCCAAGAGACAACUACAGUCACCCCAACAAGAGACACUUUAGCAAUGCAGAUCGAGGAGACUGGCAGAGGGAAAGGAAGUUCUCCUAUGGUGGUGGCAACAGCAACCCGCCCUGGGGCAGCGACAGGCACCACCAGUAUGAGCAACACUGGUACAAGGACCACCAUUACGGGGACCGGCGGCACAUGGAUGCCCACCGCUCAGGGAGCUAUCGGCCCAACAACUUGUCCCGGAAGAGACCUUAUGAUCAGUACAGCAGCGACCGAGACCACCGGGGACACCGAGAUUACUACGACAGGCACCACCACGAAUCUAAGCGGAGGAGAUCUGAUGACUUCAGGCCUCAGAGUUACCACCAGCAGGAUUUUCGACGGAUGUCCGACCACCGCCCUCCUAUGGGCUACCAUGGCCAGGGGCCCUCCGAGCACUACCGCUCCUUCCACACAGACAAGUUGGGGGACUACAAGCAGCCCCUGCCCCCCCUGCACCCCGCGGCUUCGGCCCCUCGCUCACCUCCUUCCCAGAAGUCACCUCACGACUCCAAGUCCCCCCUGGGUCACCGGUCUCCUUUGGAGAGGUCACUAGAACAGAAAAACAACCCAGAUUAUAAUUGGAAUGUUCGGAAGACAUAAAGGACGGCCGGAAGAGGCGAGCAGGAGUCGUCAGGUGCGAGGAGGUUUUGGUGUGAUCCCCAGCAGCCAGCUUGUGGCCAUGCGAGUGCAGGCUCGCUGCCGCCUUUGCGGCCGGAGGAGCAGUUCGUGGAGCGGGAGGCUGCUCUCGGGCCUGCUCUGGUCUGCGCCCCCACUCCCACAGCCCAGCCUGCUGCCUUGAGGGGUCUGGGAGGAGGUGACUGUGUGUGCCAGCACAGUUGAACUGUGCUCCCUGGACGGAGCUGGAGCCCGGGCUCACGGAGGCUUCUGGCCAGGCCUUGCUCGCCUGGCGGACAGCGUGAGCUUAGGGUCACUGUGACAUGACAGGUGCUGCUCUCGGGGAGGCGGAGGUGACAGGGUCUCACCUGCAGGAAGUGAAUGUGAGACCCGUGGUGGAGCCCGAGUGGGCACACGCCUCGCCCCACGGCCUCUCCCUGCCAACACUAAUCCCCUGCUGCUCUUGCGAGUUUCCAGGCUUCGUGCUCCCGAGGGCUGUUCUGCCCUGUGCCAGGCACAGAGGCCUUCCAGCUGACUUCAGGGCAGUGUGAGAGGCCACGCCGGUGGCAGCCCUGGGUGUGGGCUGGGGGGCUGGGGGCGCCUGUGGCCAGGAAACUGCACGCCGGUGCCUCUGGUGACAGGGCAAGCGGAGGCAGGCCUGCUGCCCAGCACAGCACUGGUGGGGCCAGCCAGUUGGGGAAGCGGUCAGUAUUGUCGGUCAGCGUUCGCAGCCAUGUUGUGGUAGCCUUCACACACUUGAAGUAGACCACUUAGCACCCCAUGGUCCCGCCGGUCCUGCGUGGCCAGGAGAAGGUCACCGUGGUGAGCAAGCUUGCACUGCUAGUGGGAGAGUAGAGGGGAACUCAGUUAUUUAGAGCAAGACCAAGCCAAGCACGAAGCAAGUGGGAGAUCUGUUAGCAGGGCCAUGGGACUGAGUGGUGGGCAGCAAGAGCCGCCCUGGAGCGGAGCUGGGGACGGGGACAGAGCGAUGGUGUCGCCUGUGCUAGGGCCCUGCUUGACUUGUGUCCAGUAUAGCUUGCCAGUGUUGUAGUGUCCCGAGGCAUCUUGAGUGCAGAGGGAAGAGCUGACCCCAGCGUCCGUCCGGCAGGCCUGAGGGUGCCCGGCUCGGCUGUGGAAGAGCCUCGCGGGGUACGCAGUCACGCCCCUAAGCCGCCUGGGGAACUCAGAGCCCCAGGCAGCACCCUGACUGCCUUUACCAAGGAAUGCCAAGUUGCCCCUGAGGGCAGCGCCCUGGUUGCUGUGUGCCCUGCCCCCUCCUGCAGCUGCACUGCUGGACCUGGCCCCCAGCCUGGGGCCCCAGGAGCAUGCCGUGGCGUGGGCGGGAGGCUUCUGCUGGCGACAGAAGCCAGUUGACAGUCUGCAGUUGACUGUCCUGGGUUUGUCUUUCCUGAGGUUGGCCAGGCUGGCCUUGGCGUGACGGGAGCUGGGAAGAGAAGGGGUCAGGAGAGAGAGGGUGCUGGCAGGAGAGAGAGGUGCCCGCAGAGGUCUCGUGAGGAAGUAUUUGUGUUAGGCAGAGGGCAGUGUCGGCCAGGUCAGUGUUGUUGCCACGUGACGGUAUCGCACGCGUGUGCGCUCAGGGCCUCUCGGAGUCAAGGCCUUGCAGUGUGAAUGCCGCCUGUGCCCGCCCUGCUGGCCCUCCGCUUGCUGUCCCGUGCUCAUUCCUUCAGCCCUCUCCAGGGGAGACCCUAGCACUUCUCCGUGCACCGCGGGCCCCAGGUCUGUGCGUAGCGGCAGGCCUGGCGGUGUGAAUGCAAGCCGCACGGUAACACUGCAGCCCUACAGACCAAAACCCACUGUGGGCCGGAGUGGGCCCGUCCAGGGUGGCUGAGCUGGGCAAGAGCUGUGCCAAGGGUCCAGGCUGCUUUAUUUCACCUGUGCCCAUCUGUGUGGGUAUGGGUGGUUUUCUUUAUU